GUGAUGCAUCUGUCAAACAGAAAUUCUUGACAUUUCUUGUCGUAAAUGCUGUUUGUAGGAAGAAAGAAAUAGUCAUUGAAAGCACCAAUUGAUUUGGUUUUCGAUCGAAACUUAGUUCAUCGUAACGAUUAAAAAUAUUGGAAAUCAUUCACGAGCUCAUAUCCAUGGCGAAAAAGCGAAGAAGGGACUCAUUCAACACAACACGCACAAAAAAUGCUCAAAAAACAAAUUCAAAGCGAGCAAAAAAGAAAAUUAUGGUUGAUUCUAUUGCUGCUGCACCAUCAAAAAGGAUUAUUGAUGUUAAUUUGGAUUGCUUGGAGAAGAUAUUUCGGCUUUUGGACUUGAAGGACUUGGUUGAUGUCGCUGAAUCCAAUAAGUAUCUUAAAAUAGCAGCUGAUAUGGUUUUCAACAGGAAAUACAGAACAAAAGUAGUGCUAAAUAACUUUAACAAGACAGUGGCUGAACCAAUACGCAGUCCAAUCGAUCAUCUAGAUUAUAUACAUGUACAGACGUUAAAAUGUUGUUUUAAAAUCCUACGUCUUUUCGGGAACUACAUUACGAUAGUCGAAAUAAGGGCAAAUCCAUUUGGAAUUCACUCACCAUCAUUUAACGUCAAUUGCGAACGACUCGUGCAUUACGUUAACAAAUAUUGUUUGAAUUCGCUUAUUUUGUUUGAAGUUAAUAGACCUUCUGAUAACUUUCUAAGUGCCGUGAAAAAUGCAUUUAAAAAUGUUGAACAUGUGGAAAUUCGAGCUGGAAAUGUAACUUCUGAAUUACCAUUGCAAAUUAAACGGGUUUUUCCAAAAAUGCGACAGCUAGUGCUUUUUCCAUAUCAAUUUUUGAAUUCCAAAUUCAUAAAGUAUCCAUAUUUGGAGAACCUACACAUGAAUGUUUUCGAAAAAGACGAUUUAUAUGAAACAAGUGUGAGAACAGCAAUAAUUUCAAAUCCACAGCUACGAUGCUUCCGUCUAACUGAAUGCUGUUGCGAACCCAGAAUAUUGAAGCUCAUUAGCAUAAAGUUGAAAAAUCUUGAAACUCUUGAUAUUCGUUACUUCCUUGGGCAUUUUAAUGAUUUCAAUUUAUUUUAUGAUGUGCCCAUUCAAUUCAACAAAGUCGAAGAACUUUCCGUUUCAUAUCAUAAUGAACAUGUGAUAGUAUCUGAACACGAAAUAUCGGCCCAUCUGGACACCAAAUAUCUAUCAUUAGGUCGUCUGAAGAUAUUCAACGUUACAUGUUUCACUGAGAAUUUGACACCUUUACUUAAUUUUGCAUUUGCACAUUCAACAAUUGAAAAGCUGACAAUCGAAACAUACAUUUUCCCAAAAGAUUUGAGUCCAGUAGGGCUUUUAUUGGCAAAACAUGUAAAACUUAAGUUCAUAGAGAUUGAAUUAUCCAUGACCAACGAAAUCCGCGAUGCUGA